AUGUACGACAGUACAUGCGGCGCUGCCGCAAGCGGCCAAUGUGGGAAGUCGCAGCCCGACGGCGACGGGCCGCCGCCGCGCGAGCCUCCGCCGGCGCCUCUCGAGCGCGACUACAGCGGCUUCGAUAUCGUAAAAGCUACUCAGUACGGUGCCUUUGGCCGCGUCAAGGAGCUCGUCGAAGCAGGAUGGGACGUGAAUCAGCCCGACCACGAAACGGUCACUCUGUUGCAUUGGGCGGCUAUCAACAACCGGCGCGAGAUAAUGCAGUACCUGCUAAGCAAGGGCGCCGCUGUGGACGCAAUCGGGGGCGAACUGCAGUCGACGCCGUUGCACUGGGCAACGCGCCAGGGCCACCUCGAGGCCACAGUGCUGUUGAUGCGCGCGGGCGCAGACCCAUCGAUACGCGACGCAGAGGGCUGCGCCAGCCUGCACCUAGCGGCGCAGUUUGGCCACACUGCCGUCGUCGCGUACCUAGUGGCCCGCGGCGUGAACCCCGACGAGCCUGAUGCGGGUGGCAUGACUCCGCUGAUGUGGGCGAGCUGGAAGGUGUCGGCCGUGGAUCCCGGACGGCUGCUGCUUACGCUGGGCGCUUCGCCGCGACCAGCUGAUCGCGCGCACGGUAACACGGCGCUACACUGGGCUAUUCUGGCCCGCAAUACUACCGCCAUCUCUACGCUCAUUUUAUAUGGUGAUGCGAGCCUGGACGUGCCCAACCUUCGAGGAGCGACGCCAUUGGCGAUGUUGGAAGCCAACUCUGAGUCGUUGUGGGUGGGCGCCAAAGUGUCAGAUAAAAUUAAGGAACAUGCACUGGCUGCGAAUAGAAAGAACUUAUUUAGACGAUUGACAUAUGACAAGAAGUUCCGGUGGUGGUGCGUGGUGGUGAUGCCGUUUGUGGCGUUCUACCUGACGGGACUGGUGCUGGAGAUGGACGCGCUUUACCUGAUCAAGGGGUUUCUACUCGUCUGCUUCUAUGCACUGAUGCACUUUGUGAGCAACUUGCUCUUCGACGAUGACCUCAAGAAUAUAUUGCCGCUGAGUGUAUACCUCGCUACCAAGAUGUGGUUCUACAUAACGUGGGCGGUGUUCGUGGCGAGCGCGGUCAGCGUUUGGGCCACGCUGUUGUUCGUGGUGAGCUCGGGCGCGCUCUGGUACACCUUCAUACGGUCGUGGCGCAGCGACCCCGGGAUCAUCACCGCCUCGCGCCAAGACAAGUUCCGGACAAUCAUCGAGUUAUCGGAGUCGUCUCGAGGCGGGUUCGAACCGUCGCGGUUCUGUUCGGCGUGCCUCGUGCGGCGGCCGCUGCGCUCCAAGCACUGCUCUGUGUGCAACCGCUGCGUGGCCAAGUUCGACCACCACUGUCCCUGGGUCGGCAACUGCAUCGGGGCAAAGAAUCACCAAUAUUUCAUCGGGUUUCUCGUGAGCCUUCUCGUGAUGUGCGGCUGGAUGCUGUGGGGAGGCGUGGAAUACUUCCUGGCGGAAUGUCCGAGCGGAGCCGGCACGCCGCUGGAGACCGUUCAGGACUGGGCGCAGUGUAACGCGUGGCUCGCCUGGGUCAUGCUCAACGCCGUCUUCCACCUCUUCUGGGUGACCGUGCUGACGUGCUGUCAACUGUAUCUGGUGGUGUGCCUCGGCAUGACGACCAACGAGCAGCUGAACCGCGGGCGCUACCGACACUUCCAGUCGCGCGGCGGGCGCUCGCCCUUCUCGCGCGGCCCGCUGCACAACUGCGCCGACUUCUUCGGCCUGCGCCUGUGCGGCCUCCUGGCGCCGCGCGCGCGCGACUGGGCCGCGCCCGCCGACGACGACGACGACGACAGCGAGCCCAUGCUGCGCCAGCGACACCACGUCGUGUGA